CUCAAAACGCACUGUACGUGAAAAUUUUUUGCAAAACUUUGCGUCAUAAAAAUUUUAUUAAAAUUCGGUGUUUUACAUAAAAAAUAUAAACAAAUUUAUUUACAUUUAAUAGUAAACAAAUUCAUAAUUUCAAUCAUGUCUGGCAAUAAUCAAGAUUUUGAUAAUCAAAAUGACGACAGUCAGACCUACGAUGAUGAGAAUCAAGAUCAAGACCAAGAAUAUGAUUCCCAAGAUGAUAAUUCUCAAAAUAAUGGCGGUAAUGGUGGCGAUCAAGAUGAUGGUAAUGACAAUGACAACAAUGAUGAUAAUGACGACGAUGAUGAUGAGGACGAUGUUAAUGGUCCCAAGUAUAUACGUUUGCGCGGUUUGCCCUGGUCUGCUACACACAAAGAAAUCUUAGAUUUCCUUAAGGAUAUCGAAGUGGUGGGUGGUGCUGAAGGUAUACAUAUUGUAACACGCCGUUGGGAUGGUAAAAACACCGGUGAGGCCUAUGUAGAGGUGAAAACUCAAGAGGAUGCUGUAGCAGCCCUCAAAUUGGACAAUGCUAGCAUGGGUCAUCGUUAUAUAGAGGUGUUUAAUGCUUCCUCCAAAGAAGCUAAAGAAGCCAUGCGUAAAACUACUAGCCAUGGCACUUCGUAUGUUGUCAAGUUGCGUGGUCUUCCCUACUCUGUAACUGAACACCAAGUUGAGGCAUUUUUCGUUGGGUUGGAAAUCAAAGCGGAUCGGGAGGGAAUAGUUUUCGUAAUGGACAGAAGGGGUCGUGCCACAGGGGAAGCAUUUGUUCAGUUUGAAAGCCAAGAAGACACUGAACAAGCCUUGGGACGUAAUCGGCAAAAAAUUGGGCACAGGUAUAUUGAAAUAUUCCGCAGUUCUAUGGCUGAGAUGAAGCGUUCUACUGGCAAUAGUAAUAAUGGUGGCCGUAUGGUUCCUUAUGAUUUAAAGGAUCGCGGUAGCAACCGUGGUGGUGGCAGCGGCAGUGAUUAUGGUGGCAAUAACCGUAACAAUCGUUGGGGUAAUGGUGGCUUCGGGGUAGGCGCCAAUAAUACCCUUGGUUUUAAUAAUAUACCAAACUUUGGUAAUAAUGGCAACUUCGGUAACAAUGGUGGCGGCAAUUUCGGCAACUUUGGCAACAAUGGCGGUGGUGGUAAUGGCGGCGGCAUGGGUAAUUUCGGCAACAAUGGCGGUGGAAACUUUGGUAAAUUUGGCAAUAAUGGCGGCGGCGGCGGUGGUGGCAAUAACUUUGGCAACAACUCAGGCGGUAGCGGCAACAACGGUGGUGGUGGUGGCGGCGGCGGUUUCAAUCGUUUCAGCGGUAACAGCGGCAAUUUUGGAAAUGAUUUUGGUGACUUUGGUAACUUUGGCAAUGAUCGUGGCAAUAAUGGUGGUGGUGGUGGUGGCAUGGGAGGUGGAAAUAAUGGUGGCUUCAAUAAUUUCGCCAACUUUGGUAAUUGUGGCGGCAAUAACAUGGGUGGAGGCAGUGGUAUUGGUGGCGGUUUCGGCAACAAUAUGGGUGGCGGUUCUGGUGGUGGCGGCAAUUUUGGCCCCAUUGGUGGUGGUCGCAACGAUGACUUCUAUAUGGUUAUGAUGCGCGGUUUGCCCUUCAGUUCAUUCGAAAAUGAUGUCUACAAAUUCUUUGAACCUUUGCGUCCGGCCAGUGUGCGCAUACACUAUAAUAAACAAAAUGGCCGUCAUAAUGGCACCGCUGAGGCCCUGUUUGAGACCAAUGAUGAUGCUCAAACGGCCAUGAAACGCAAUCGUUGCAAAAUGGGUUCACGCUACAUUGAGUUAUUCUUCAAUGGCACCAAGUCCAAGCCUAUUAAGGGCGGCAAUAACUACAGCUCUGGCGGCAGUAUGGGCGGAGGCAGCGUUGGCAGCAACAGCAGUAUUGGUGUGGGAGGUGGCAUGGGUGGUGGCGGUGGUGGUGGUAUGUUUGCAAGACGUAUCUAAAGCCACUGAUUGAUUACUUAUAGAUGGCGAUAAAGAGUUUUUGUUUCACAAAACUGGUCUUAUAAACAUUUGCUUUACAAAAGUUUAAGACACGUAGAUUUUCAAUUUACACUCUAUAUUUGCAACUCUUCCUUCCUUCCAUCUCCUCCUCUACUCGUAAAGUGUUUUCCAGCACUUUUAUUUAUUUACAUAAAGAAAACUUUUUAUUUUUUUUUUCUAAUUUAAGCUAAUUAUGACAACACUUCCUUUUUUUUUAGUUUUUAAUUUUAACUAUAAAAACAAACCAUCAAAAACACUUAAGAAAAAACGUCCUUUAUUUUUCCAAUAUUCCUGGUUUUUGAACUUGAAAAUCAAAGUAUAAAAAAUUAGACACUUGCAAUUCCUAAAAUGUAAACCUUAAAUCCUACAAAUUUUUGUAAAUUAAAUUUAUUUUACGUUUACAAUUAACAAACAAACAAACAACAAAAAAACACACAUUUUUCUACUUAACAGUUUAUAAUAAUAUAAUUUAGUUUGUAAUUUAUUCAUGAUUAUAAAACCGCAAAAGAAAAAAAUGUGUGAAUAAACACAUUACUUACACACGUAUUUUAAAAGACCUAAUUGAUACAAUUCUGAACAUAAUUUUAAAUAAUUAAUAAUAUAACGCAUACAGAUAACAAGAAAAAAUAAAACAUCAACAAAAAAAUAAAUUUAAUAAA